AUGGGCUGGGGCAGUAACGCCGGCUGCGACCUGCUUCAAGAGAAGUGCCUGACGAACGGCACCACGAAAUACCCAGGCAUGUUCUGCAGCGAGGGGAGUUCUAAAUGUACAUCGGACCGCACGGGCCUUGGUGAUUGCUUUCUUCACGAAUACGACACCGCCCUUCCAGAAUGGUUUCAGUACUUCUCCAACCCAAAGGUUGGUUCAUAUGCUUUUACCCUCACGGACUACUGCCCUGUUGUGGAGGCGAUGUCUGUGUUGUGUGCUGACACCGAAGAGCAAUCAAUGGUCUGGAACGUCAUAAGCAGUGACUCGUGGUGCCUGGACGGUAACGAGCUUACUGUGAAUACGCCGUUGGGUGCAUCCCAGACAGGUGGUGUCUGUGCGGCU